ACCCAGAGAGACGCCUUCUUCCAUAACUAGCUAUAUUUGCCAUUCUCUCUCGCGCCCAAAUCGCUCUUCUCUCUCUUCCUCUUUCAUCGAUUCUGAGUUAUUUUUCCUCCUUUCUUUAUUUUCUUUCACUUUCUUGAUAAUUUUCUUUUCUCUCUCUUCUGCGCCCAAUAUCGUACGACGAUCUCCAAUUUAUUGGAUUUUCUCUUCUCCGAGGUACCUCUGUUUGCAUAUUAUUUGAAUGACUUGUAAAGCGGUAUUAUAAUGGAAGAAGAAGAAAUAAAGGAGGUGGAGGAAAUCUCUAGGAGGGAAUUGAAUAAUCAUGAAGUAGUUGGUGGUAUACAGGGAAAUGUAGGUUCUUCUUAUCAUCAAAAUAUUAUCAAUACUGGAGGUGAUAUAACUUUGAUUAGUGACAAUGAUCCAGUCUUGCAAGGGUUGCAGUCAGUAAAUUUAUCCGUGGAUGAUGAUCAGUUUGAGCAGGUUUCUUUGAAAGAUCAAGAGAAAGCUGCUGUUCAUGAUUCAAACCGGUCAUCAAAUUCAGAAAAUUCAAGAUACUCAUCUGGUGGGUUUGAAGAUGUCGCACAAUUUUCAUCUGGAACACUUACAACAGAAUCAGGUUCUUCCCCAAUUGACCAAAUGCUACAUGAUCACCCUUCUUGGAACUCUCAGCAAGAGAGACAAUUUGAUUCUAUCAAACCAUCUACCUCAUCUACUAGUAUUGAUUCUGCUUUGUAUGAGGAUGCUUCAUAUUCUCCUGCUGGCUCACCUGCUAAACCAAAGCCAAAAGCUGCCAUGCCAAAUGUCUCUCCGGAGUUAUUGCAUCUGGUAGAUUCUGCUAUUAUGGGGAAGCCUGAAGGUUUAGAAAAAUUGAAGAAGAUUGUUAAUGGGGUAGAGAAUUUUGGCAAUGGGGAGGAAAUGGAGAGCAUUGCCUUAGUUGUAGUUGAUUCACUCAUUGCAACAAUGGGUGGUGUUGAAAGUUUUGAAGAAGAUGGGGAGAGCAAUCCUCCUAGUGUAAUGCUGAACUCUCGGGCUGCCAUUGUGGCAGGUGAACUUAUCCCUUGGCUUCCUUGGGAAGGUGAUAGUGAUAGUUUCAUGUCCCCUCGAACACGGAUGGUCAGGGGUUUGCUUGCAAUAUUACGUGCUUGCACAAGAAACAGAGCAAUGUGCUCUAUGGCUGGUCUAUUAGGAGUGCUUUUAAGGUCAGCAGAAAACAUUUUUGUACAGAAUAUUGGUUCCACAGAACAAAUGAGAUGGGAUGGAACUCCUUUAUGCUACUGCAUUCAAUACUUAGCAGGACAUUCCCUUAGUGUCAUCGAUUUGCAUAGAUGGUUUCAAGUCAUUACAAGAACACUUACCACUGUUUGGUCAACUCGCUUAAUGAUUGCUUUGGAGAAGGCUGUUAGUGGAAAGGAGUCAAAGGGACCAGCAUGUACUUUUGAGUUUGAUGGUGAAAGCUCUGGUUUGCUUGGUCCAGGAGAAAGCCGAUGGCCGUUCACUAAUGGGUAUGCAUUUGCAACAUGGAUUUACAUCGAAUCAUUUGCAGAUACGUUAAAUACAGCAACGGCUGCUGCAGCAAUAGCUGCUGCAGCUGCUGCCAAGUCAGGAAAAUCUUCAGCUAUGUCAGCUGCUGCUGCUGCCAGUGCGCUUGCAGGCGAAGGAACAGCACAUAUGCCACGUCUGUUCAGUUUCUUGUCUGCUGACAACCAGGGAAUAGAGGCAUACUUCCAUGCACAGUUUUUGGUGGUUGAAAGUGGAAGCGGAAAGGGAAAGAAGGCUUCUUUACAUUUUACUCAUGCAUUCAAGCCUCAGUGUUGGUACUUCAUUGGUCUAGAGCAUACUUGCAAACAAGGGCUGCUUGGGAAAGCAGAGAGUGAACUGAGAUUGUAUAUUGAUGGAUCAUUGUAUGAAUCUCGACCUUUUGAGUUUCCUCGGAUCUCCAAGCCGCUUGCAUUUUGUUGCAUUGGAACAAACCCGCCUCCUACAAUUGCUGGUUUACAACGUCGUCGUCGCCAGUGUCCUUUGUUUGCUGAGAUGGGGCCUGUCUAUAUUUUUAAGGAACCGAUUGGCCCUGAGAGGAUGACACGGUUGUCGUCUAGAGGGGGGGAUAUGCUUCCUUCAUUUGGCCAAGGAGCAGGAUUGCCAUGGCUUGCAACAAAUGAAUAUGUGCAAAGAAUAGCAGAGGAAAGUUCUCUUUUAGAUGCAGAAAUUGGAGGAUGUAUUCAUCUUCUCUAUCACCCCAGUUUACUUAGUGGGCGAUUUUGUCCCGAUGCUUCACCGAGUGGAGCUGCAGGCAUGCUCAGACGGCCAGCAGAGGUUCUUGGGCAGGUCCACAUUGCUAUACGGAUGCGACCUGUGGAGGCUUUAUGGGCCCUAGCAUAUGGUGGUCCGAUGUCUUUACUUCCUCUAGCAGUGAGUGAUGUGAAUAAAGACAGCCUAGAACCACAACAGAAUAAUGCUUCUUUGUCUUUAGCGACUUCUUCUCUUGCUGCUCCAAUAUUCCGAAUUAUUUCUAUGGCUACUCAACAUCCCAGGAACAAUGAAGAGUUAUGUCGUGCCAGAGGACCUGAAGUUCUGUCAAGAAUCUUAAAUUAUCUUCUGCAAACUUUGUCAUCCCUUGAUACUGGAAAACACAAUGGUGUGGGAAAUGAGGAACUUGUGGCAGCUGUUGUCUCCCUAUGCCAGUCUCAGAAAAAUAACCAUGUACUUAAAGUGCAGCUUUUUAGUACACUGCUAUUGGAUCUAAAAAUAUGGAGCUUAUGUAAUUAUGGACUACAGAAGAAGCUUCUAUCAUCACUUGCUGACAUGGUUUUCACUGAGUCAUCAGUAAUGCGAGAUGCAAAUGCCUUCCAGCUGCUUCUAGAUGGCUGCAGAAGGUGCUACUGGACAAUUCGUGAAAGAGACUCGGUGAAUACAUUUUCUUUAAACGAGGCAACACGACCAGUGGGUGAAGUGAAUGCAUUGGUUGAUGAACUCCUGGUGAUAAUUGAACUUCUAAUAGGAGCGGCACCCCCUUCAUUGGCUUCGGAUGAUGUCCGCCGUCUACUUUGGUUCAUGGUUGACUGCCCACAACCCAACCAGGUUGCAAGGGUGCUGCAUCUGCUCUACCGCUUGGUGGUACAGCCAAAUACAUCUAAAUCUCAUACGUUUGCAGAGGCAUUUAUAGCUUGUGGUGGGGUGGAAACACUUCUAGUUCUGCUGCAACGGGAAGCCAAAACUGGUGACUAUAGUACUCUUGAAUCCCUGACCAAGUCUGACAAAAGUUUGUUGAUCGAGGGACCUGAGCAAGAUGGUGAAAGUGAGGAUUCUCUAAAGGUUUCAGAGGAUGAAAUAGAAUCUGAUGAAAAGGAACUGAGUUCCAGAAAGAAUGUUGGUGAAUCUGAAACCUCCAUAUGCAGUAUCAGUUCUGCUGCUGUUACCCCAAAUGUGGCUUUUGAGAGGACAAUUUCUAUUUCUGAUAAUCCUUUUAUUAAGAAGAAUCUGGGCGAUAUAAGUCUUUCAAUCAGUGCAGAAAGUGCAAGGAAUAAUGUUUAUAAUGUUGACAAAAGUGAUGGGAUUGUUGUUGGAAUUAUUGGGCUGUUAGGGGCUUUGGUAGCAUCUGGUCAUUUAAGAUUUGAUUCACGUGCUUCCUCAGAUGCCACAAGUAAUUUUCUUGGAACUGGACUGCAUGAUGGAGGUGGUACCAUGUUUGAUGAUAAAGUUUCUCUUCUACUUUUUGCUUUGCAAAAGGCUUUCCAAGCAGCACCAAAAAGGCUUAUGACUGGCAAUGUCUAUUCAGCAUUAUUUGGGGCAUCGAUCAAUGCUUCUUCAACAGAUGAUGGGCUGAACUUUUAUGAUUCAGGUCAUCGGUUUGAACACUCCCAGCUUUUGUUGGUUCUUCUACGUUCACUUCCAUUUGCAUCUAGGUCUUUUCAAAGCCGGGCACUGCAGGAUCUUCUGUUUCUGACAUGUAGUCAUCCAGAAAAUAGAGUCACUCUUACAAAAAUGGAGGAAUGGCCAGAAUGGAUUCUGGAGGUUCUUAUCUCCAAUUAUGAGUUGGAUGCAAGCAAAAGUUCUGAUUCUGUGAGCCUUGGAGACAUAGAGGACCUGAUACACAACUUCCUUAUUAUAAUGUUGGAGUAUUCAAUGCGCCAGAAGGAUGGAUGGAAGGACAUUGAAGCUACAAUUCAUUGUGCAGAGUGGCUUUCUAUUGUUGGUGGAUCUAGCACCGGAGACCAAAGAAUUAGACGUGAAGAAUCACUGCCCAUAUUUAAAAGAAGGCUUUUGGGUAGCUUGUUAGACUUUGCUGCCAGAGAACUCCAGGUUCAGAUUCAAGUUAUUGCAGCAGCAGCUGCUGGAGUAGCUGCUGAGGGAUUAUCACCUAAAGAUGCUAAGGCAGAAGCAGAGAAUGCUGCUCAGCUUUCAGUGGCUUUGGUAGAGAAUGCUAUUGUGAUACUAAUGCUUGUUGAGGAUCACUUACGUUUACAAAGCAAACAAUCUUGUGCUUCGCAUCCAACAGAUGGUUCCAAAUCUCCCCUUUCUCUUGUAUCCCCCCUGAACAAUAGAUUGAAUUCAUCUAGUAUGGCAGGCGAUGGAUCAUUAGAAGCUGUGGGUGAUUGCAGAUCAUUGUCUAGUGACCCUGGGGGACUACCUGUUGAUGUUCUUACUUCUAUAGCUGAUGUGAAUGGUCAAGUCUCUGCAACAGUGAUGGAAAGUCUUACUGCUGCUGCUGCAGCUGAGCCUUAUGAAUCUGUUUCCUGUGCUUUUGUUUCAUAUGGAAGCUGUGCUUUGGAUUUGGCUGAGGGUUGGAAGUAUAGGAGCCGACUGUGGUAUGGUGUAGGCCUUCCUUCAAAAGAAGCUCCCUUUGGCGGUGGUGGCAGUGGCUGGGAAUCUUGGAAGUCUGCAAUAGAAAAAGAUGCAAAUGGAAACUGGGUUGAACUGCCUUUGGUAAAGAAAUCUGUUGCCAUGCUCCAAGCUUUACUGUUGGAUGAAUCUGGACUUGGUGGUGGUCUUGGUAUAGGUGGUGGAUCAGGUACUGGAAUGGGAGGCAUGUCAUCUCUUUACCAGUUAUUGGACAGUGAUCAGCCAUUCUUAUGCAUGCUUCGAAUGGUUCUUCUUUCUAUGAGGGAAGAAGAUAAUGGUGAAGAUAGUAUGUUCUUGAGGAAUGUUAGUAUAGAUGAUGCAAAAUCAGAAGGAAGGAAACCACGCUCAGCUUUGUUGUGGAGUGUGCUUUCGCCCAUUCUAAACAUGCCAAUUUCGGAUUCUAAGAGACAGCGAGUGUUGGUAGCUUCUUGUGUUCUUUAUUCUGAGGUUUAUCACGCAGUAGGCAGGGACAGAAAAGAUCUUCGUAAACUGUAUCUUGAGGCCAUUAUACCUCCAUUUGUUGCUGUUUUGAGGAGAUGGAGGCCACUUUUGGCUGGAAUUCAUGAACUUGCAACUGCUGAUGGAUUGAAUCCUCUUACUGUUGAUGACCGUGCAUUAGCUGCUGAUUCCCUCCCCAUAGAGGCUGCUCUGGCAAUGGUCUCUCCAGCUUGGGCUGCUGCUUUUGCAUCUCCACCCGCAGCAAUGGCCCUGGCAAUGAUUGCUGCUGGUGCCUCUGGUGGGGAAAAUCCAGCUCCUGUUUCAACAUCUCAGCUUAAGCGUGACUCUUCAUUACUUGAGCGUAAAACUGCUAGACUUCAUACUUUUUCAAGUUUUCAAAAGCCUUCAGAUGCUCCUAACAAAUUACCAGGUCUUCCAAAGGAUAAGGCUGCUGCAAAAGCUGCUGCAUUAGCUGCGGCACGCGAUCUAGAGCGGAAUGCCAAAAUCGGUUCUGGGAGAGGCCUCAGUGCUGUGGCUAUGGCCACAUCUGCACAACGAAGGAAUGCUAGUGACAUGGAAAGGGUGAAGAGAUGGAAUGUUGCUGAAGCAAUGGGAGUUGCUUGGAUGGAGUGUCUGCAACCUGUUGAUACAAAAUCAGUCUAUGGAAAGGAUUUUAAUGCAUUAUCCUAUAAGUUUAUUGCUGUCCUUGUUGCAAGUUUUGCUUUAGCAAGAAACAUUCAAAGAUCCGAGGUUGAUAGGCGUGCUCGAGUUGAUGUUAUCGCUCACCAUCGUUUAGGCAAUGGAGUUCGUGCAUGGCGCAAGCUCAUCCAUUGCCUGAUAGAAAUGAAUUGUCUUUUUGGGCCCUUCAGGGAACAAUUAUGCAGUCCUCCACGUGUUUUCUGGAAGCUUGAUUUUAUGGAAAGUUCAUCUAGGAUGAGGUGUUGCUUAAGGAAAAAUUAUGUAGGCUCGGAUCAUUUUGGUGCAGCUGCCAAUUACGAGGAUCAUAUUAACAAGAAAGAAGAAAAAGAAAAUGUUAUAAAUUCAUCAAGUGCUCCUAUUCUGGCAGCAGAAGCAAUUUCAAUGGAUGUGGUAAAUGAAGAUGAUGAACAUCUGGAAAUUCAUAAUUUGGAUGGCAGGUCCUAUGGUAUUGAUGAAAGUGGGGAGAAUCAAUCACGGCUAUCUGUGACUGCUGAGCAAACCCUACAAGUUCCAGUUGAAUCUGGUGAUAUUCGACUUGCUAAUGACCAUGACUUGGUUGAAAGUUCAGCAGUCCCCCCUGGGUUUGUUCCAAGUGAACUUGAUGAAAGAAUUGUUCUUGAGCUUCCUUCAUCAAUGGUUCGGCCACUAAGAGUUAUUCGUGGAACCUUUCAGGUAACAACUAGAAGAAUUAAUUUUUUAGUUGAUAACAGUGAGAACAAUUCUGCUGUGGAUGGAAUAGAUUGCAUGGAACUGAAAGAUGAAGAAAAGGAUCGGAGCUGGUUGAUGUCUUCCCUUCAUCAAAUUUAUAGCAGAAGAUAUCUCUUGAGAAGAAGUGCUUUGGAACUUUUUAUGGUUGACCGUUCAAACUUCUUCUUUGAUUUUGCGAGUACGGAAGGGCGAAGAAAUGCAUAUCGAGCUAUUGUACAAGCUCGUCCUCCUCAUCUAAACAAUAUUUAUCUGGCAACUCAGAGACCUGAACAACUUUUAGAAAGAACUCAACUUAUGGAGCGCUGGGCUAGGUGGGAGAUCAGCAAUUUUGAGUACUUAAUGCAGCUCAAUACAUUAGCUGGGCGUAGUUAUAAUGACAUUACGCAGUAUCCUGUUUUCCCCUGGAUUCUUUCUGACUACACUUCAAAGAGUUUGGAUCUUGCUGACCCUUCCUCAUACAGAGAUCUUUCCAAGCCUGUUGGUGCACUAAAUCCUGAUCGACUGAAAAAAUUUCAAGAGAGAUAUUCCAGCUUUGAGGAUCCAGUUAUCCCCAAAUUCCAUUAUGGUUCACAUUAUUCAAGUGCUGGAACAGUGUUGUAUUAUCUUUUUAGAGUGGAACCAUUUACGACUCUUUCAAUUCAACUGCAAGGUGGAAAGUUUGAUCAUGCAGAUCGGAUGUUUUCAGAUAUUGUUGCAACUUGGAAUGGAGUUAUUGAAGAUAUGAGUGAUGUGAAGGAAUUGGUUCCAGAAUUAUUUUACCUGCCUGAGAUCUUAACCAAUGAGAAUUCAAUAGAUUUUGGUACGACACAAUUAGGUGGAAAGCUUGAUUCUGUUAAAUUGCCUCCCUGGGCUGAAAAUCCUAUUGAUUUCAUUCACAAGCAUCGAAUGGCUCUUGAGAGUGAACAUGUCUCUGCACAUCUUCAUGAGUGGAUUGAUCUCAUAUUUGGGUAUAAGCAACGAGGGAAAGAAGCUAUAUCAGCUAAUAAUGUUUUUUUCUACGUCACAUAUGAAGGGACUGUUGAUAUUGAUAAGAUCUCAGAUCCAGUACAACAACGUGCCACACAAGAUCAGAUUGCUUACUUUGGACAAACCCCAUCCCAACUUCUUACUGUUCCUCAUAGGAAGAGGAUGCCAUUAGCAGAUGUUCUUCAUUUGCAGACCAUAUUUCGGAACCCCAAAGAGGUCAAACCAUAUGCUGUUCCUGCACCUGAACGCUGCAAUCUACCAGCUGCUGCCAUUCAUGCUUCCUCAGAUACUGUUGUAGUUGUGGAUAUAAAUGCACCAGCAGCUCAUGUUGCACAGCACAAGUGGCAACCAAACACACCUGAUGGCCAGGGUACACCAUUUCUCUUUCAACAUGGAAGGGCUACAGUGAGUUCCAGUGGUGGAACAUUUAUGCGAAUGUUCAAAGGGCCAGUUGGAUCUGGUUCUGAUGACUGGAAUUUCCCUCAAGCACUGGCAUUUGCUACUUCUGGAAUUAGAAGCUCUGCUAUAGUUUCCAUUACUUGCGCUAAAGAAAUUAUCACUGGUGGACAUGUGGAUAACAGUAUCAAGCUAGUAUCUUCAGAUGGAGCAAAAACAUUAGAGACAGCACAUGGACAUUGUUCUCCAGUUACUUGCCUUGGUCUAUCACCUGACAGCAGCUACCUUGUUUCAGGAAGCCGGGAUACUACUGUGUUACUUUGGAGAAUACGCAGGGCAUUUGCUUCUGGCUCAAGUAGCAUAUCAGAACCUCUGACUGGGACUGGUACAGCAAAUUCAACCAGCAGUAGUAAUUUAUCAAACCUGUUGGCAGACAAAAACAGGAGACGUCAUAUUGAAGGUCCCAUACAUGUCCUCCGAGGCCACCAAAGCGAAAUUCUCUGUUGUUGUGUUAGCUCAGAUCUAGGAAUUGUUGUUUCAUGCUCCCAUUCAUCAGAUGUUUUGAUGCAUUCUAUAAGAAAAGGUCGAUUGAUACGAAGGUUGCCAGGUGUCAGGGCCAAUGCUGUCUGCCUUUCAUCCGAGGGAGUAAUAAUGACUUGGAACAAAUCACAACAUAGCCUAAGUACUUUUAGUCUUAAUGGGGCUCUGAUUGCUAGUGUUCAACUACCCUUCUCUGCUGGUAUCAGUUGUAUGGAAAUUUCUAGUGAUGGACAAAGUGCUUUACUUGGCAUUAACACACGUAUGGAAAAUGAUGGACCCUCCAACAAUAGCUGGGACUCAAAAUUGAAGAAGCAUGGAUUAGAUAAUAUGAAUCAGGAUUGUGAUGAAGGCAAUAGAUUGGAUGUUCCAUCACCUUCAAUCUGCUUCUUGGAUCUGCAUACUUUGAAGAUUUUUCAUAUCCUAAACUUGGGAGAGGGACAGGAUAUUACUGCUCUUGCCUUAAACAAGGAUAAUACGAAUCUUUUGGUGUCUACUGCUGAUAAGCAAUUGAUAAUCUUCACCGACCCUUCAUUGAGCUUGAAAGUGGUGGAUCAAAUGCUGAAGCUUGGUUGGGAAGGUGAUGGACUCAGCCUCAUCAGAUGAUGAUCAUAGUCUUUUAGGCCAUACUGGAGAGCUAUACCGAAGUAUAAUAACUCACUAGAAUACUACAAGGUCUUAUACUGCGAGGGCAUGAAAAAUGUCCUCACUCUGUAAAUCAAUCAAACCAUUCGGUUCGGUUCAUCGAUGUAACAUAUGUAUUAAAUGAUUGGAACAACCCAAAUAUCUCAAGAGUUCUAGGUUUUAGAUAUACAGCGGGGUUGCUCUUUUUGUUCUGUUUUUUUUUCUUUAUUCAAUUGAUUGAGUUGUAUGUGUCUCCUUUGAGAAAUUAUGAGGAGGCUUGAGCUGUUCAUUUUUCACCCAUUAAUUUUUGAUAAAGUAGUGAAUGAAAAUAGAGAAUGUUUUUUUUUUCUA